AUGACGUGUAACUCCAGCUGGGACGGUGUCAUCACUGACAAACAGCUCUGCAUAGGAACUGGGGACACGGGGGCAUGCCGGAGACCCAGUAUGUUCUUGUUGUUCUUGACACUGGAGACAAGGUACCACUGCUGGACAUUUGACCAGGAGAACCUGCUCUUCUACAAAUCCUCACCAGUCUCGGGUUACACAGCCUUACCUGUAGGAACACUGGUCAGAAGAGGCAGACAUUGGAAUUAUGACGAUCAAGAUGGAGGUCCAGAUGAAAUAGGGGUCGUCAUCAUCAACAAAGAUGGAGGACGGCUAGUCAAGGUAUGCUGGCGUUCACCAUUAGCUGCACAUGAAUUGAAUGUUUACCGAUUUGGAGAUCAAGAAAGAUUUGACAUUGACGUUGCAGAAUCUCCACUCAUUGACUUGGAAGGACUAAUUGAUUCCGGUUCCCCGAGGUGGGAGGUCAUUGAUGAGGCGGGGAAGUGGUGGCCCCUAACAGGGGUCAGUGCCCUACAACUAGAGGACAGCGUGGCCCUCAAAAGGACCAUACUGACCAUGCAGGAGGGACAUAUUCAGGGGACAUUUAGGCUGGAAGGUGACAAACUGACAGACUUCAACACACACAGGACUUUAAGGAUAAGAAAGUUGGAAGAAACAUUAGAAUUAAUCUUCCUUGAGAUGGAAAUUUUAAGGUUUUGAAGAACAUGACAGAAAUGGAGUUGUGACUGCUUUUUCUAUAUCUGCUACGCAUUUAAUACAUGUACAUCCUUAUCGAAACAUUGAAAUUGUCAAUGUGAAAAGUAUUUUUUAAAAAUAAAAUAUGUCAA